CGUUCUUUACUCUAAUUUGGAAGACGGAAAGACAGAGGAAAUCAUUUCAGAAAAGGCGGAAAAACCUCUACCUCUAACAAUUGCAUCACGUUGGUUGAUUUAUCAAUGCACAACACGCACACACACUGACGGGCUGACAGGAAGACAAAGAGAGAAGCAGGACCUCACACAGCAAGAAGGACCGUUUUGUCUGCUUUGAAAAUAAUUGGCAAAAAUAAUUCGCUUUGAGGAUGCUGCAGAACCUCACCAACCAAACAGAGGAUGGCUUCUCCUGCUACAGUCCUUCAGUGGAGGUCUACCGCUACUUUGCCGUGCUGUGGGGAUGUUCCGUCACCGUCACCGGCACAGUGGGGAACCUGAUGACCAUUUUGGCGUUUGCCUCAGACUCCCAACUGAGGACCCGCUUUAAUGUGCUGAUUGUCAACCUGGCUCUGGCUGACCUCCUGUACUGCACCGUGCUGCAGCCCAUUUCCGUCGACUCCUACCUCCACCUCAGAUGGCGCAGCGGGGAGCUCUGGUGCAGAAUCUUUGGCCUGCUGCUCUUCCUCUCCAACUCGGUCUCCAUUAUCACCCUCUGCUUGGUGGCUAUCAGUCGCUACUUACUGGUUGACAAAAGGGCAGUGUUCGACCGUGUCUUCUCAGACUGCGGACUGGCUUGCCUCCUGAUUGCAACGUGGGCGCUCGGCCUGGCCAGCUUCGGCCCGCUCUGGUCCGUUUAUGUGUUUGUGCCUCAAGUGUGCACCUGCAGCUUCCACCGAAUCAGGGGUCGGCCCUACACCACCAUUCUGCUCUUCUUCUACUUCUUCGUGGGACUGGCCUGCGUCGGCACCUUCUACUUCCUCAUUUACAGACGCGUGCGGCUCGCGUCGCUGGCCUUGCUACGCUACAGGUUCAGCCGCCGGUCUUCCAAGAAGAAAGCCCCGGAACCGGACGACAGCGGCGUGGGGAACAGCAUGGCCACUUGCAGCAGCGAGCUGGGCACCCAGGGCAAACUCUCAGAGAUGGAGAAUCCCCUCCAAAACACGCAAUGCAAGUCCUCAAAGGAAUCAUCUGCGCACAAGCCAAACGCUGACGUUGGAAGUGUGCCACCUUCAAACCCUGCCAGCUCAGGAGAGGAUUCAGAAUUCAAGCGUGUGACGCGCAUGUGCUUUGCGGUUUUCCUGUGUUUUGUGUUUUGCUUCGUCCCCUUCCUGUUACUCAAUAUUGCAGAUAAACGCGGCAGCGCCCCGCGGGUGCUGCACAUGUUGUGUGCCAACCUCACCUGGCUCAACAGCUGCAUCAACCCCAUACUCUACGCCGUCAUGAAUCGACAAUUCCGAAGGGCCUACCAUGUGCUGCUCACCAGGGCGGCUACACCUUUCUCAUACCUCUGGAUGCAAAACUCCUAACUUCUUGCAUGCUGCAUGUAGACUUUAGUUUGUAUUUGACUUUAGAAAGAAAGAAAGACAGAAAGAAAGGAAAAAAACAAAAUUGGCCAAAAAACAACAACCAAAGAUAAUAUAAUAUACUGUGUAUAUAUAUAUAUAUAUGUAUAUUUGUGUGUAUUUAUAUAGACAUUUGGACAGACCUUAUCAUUCACAACAAAACUAUCAAUUGAUAAAUGAAAAUGGAAAUGGAAAUUAUUUAUUGUCAAUUCUUAACAUGGUGCAAUUUCGAGACAGUCCGACUAAGAGCAGACAUACGUUACAGGGAGACAAAACGGGGCCGCCAACGGAUCAGCCAUUUUUACGGCGCUCCUUAAAAAAGGAGGGGAAAAGAUGGUAUUGGGAACUGGGGGGAAAGAGUAAAAAAAAUAUCAGUCAAAGGGCUGAGUCCAAGGGAAAAAACCUAAUUUGCAAUGCAGACAUAAACAUGUUACAUUUAAUCACGACAAUUUGCACAGAGGGAGGGGGGGGUUAGAGCCCUGGAAGGCCCCGAAGGGGGGAAAACAAGCGUUGGUGAAGGCGUGGGGUGGGGGAGGGGAGGUGUGUGCCCAACUGUCUUGGGUGUGAUGGUGUAAUGUUUUUGUAGACUGAAGCCGAUCUGAAAAAGUUUGCCUCCAGGUGUCGUUGAGAAAGGAGGGAGGUCAAAAGCGUCCAUCGUUGGUGUUUUUCGGAACAGCCUGGUCCUAGCGUCAAGGCCAUUCGAGGGAGUCAAAUCGUAGAAUAGGAUAUUUGUUUUUCGCGAACAGACAAAACAAUGGCUUGUCUGUUAUUAGUCCAUGCCGGCUUUCUCAAAUUCAAUUCAAUCUUCCUUUUGAGCAAACUUCUCCAUGAUGUGAUCCAUAUUGUGAUUUAGUUCAGAAAUCGCCACAGUCUGUGUACCCACAGCCCUGCCCAAACCUUCCACUGCGACGAACAACCGUUGGACUCCUUGAGUGGCUGCCAUCGUCUUACGAAUUUGCCGAUGUCCAGCCCAAUCAGCAAGUGCCCCAUGAUCACGGUUCCAAAUAGGUAGAUGUCUCACGUCCUCGAUGGAAAGAACUGAGAGGCACAUGAUUCUCCUUUUAUCCCAGGAGUCUCUCACGUACCCCGCAGCAAUGGUUCCAUCAGGGCAGCCAGGCUCCCCCGAAUCUCUUUUCCUCGUCGAAAAUACUUUGUCAAUUGCGUCGAGAGUCCAGCUGAUUAUAUCCAUCCCCGAUGUUUGGAUUUGAGGACAGCGCAAAGAAAGAGGCUUCAAAAAAAGUUCAGACAAGACAAAAACGAAGAGAGCAAGCUGGGAAAGGAGGGAACGGAGAAAAAUGCGACCGCCCUCACCACAGGCAAGACAGAAAGCAAGAAAUUCCACUAAUCAACCCUGAUAAGGCACACCUGUGAAGUGAAAACCAUUUCAGGAGACUACCUCUUUAAGCUCAUGGAGAGAAUGCCAAGAGUGUGCAAAGCAGUUAUGAAUCAGAACAAAGGGUGGCUAUUUUGAACGAGCUAGAACAUUAAACAUUUUUUCAGUAAUGUCACCUUUUUUUGUUUUGUACAUAACUCCACAUGUGUUCAUUCAUACUUUUGAUGCCUUCAGUGACAAUCUACACUAUAAAUAAUCAUGGAAAUAAAGAAAACACAUUGAAUGAGAA